AAACCGCAUAUCGAUAUCUUUUUCGUAUUACGAGAUAUCUUAAAAAAGAUAUGACUUGUGUCAAAUUGAUAAACCUAGUAAGUUGUUCAUUUACGUGUCAUUGCGAUUUGUGUGCAUUAAAUUCGAUAUAAAACUUACUUAAAAGUUAUAUCUAAGAUGAUUCUUACAAACGAAGAAGCAUUUGAUAUGAUAGGCAUUUACUUUGAAUGUAUGAAAAUUGCAACUGUUGCGGCUAUGGUAUGUGCCAUACAAUAUCCCCAAAGACGUCAUCCCGGUAGCAGAGUUUUUCGUCGACUCAUACACCGCUUAAAAACGACUGGAAAUGUAAAUCUUUCUAUAUUUAGAAGACGCGGCAGAGGUCGUUCAGAGGGAAACACAAUAAAUGUUUUGGCAUAUGUGCAAUUUAACCCGCAUUUAAGUAUUAGAGCAAUAAAUAGAGACUUGGGAAUAAGCAGAAUCACCGUUCAACGUAUUUUAACAGGACACAGAAUUCAUCCAUAUCAUAUAGUACUCCAUCAACAAUUGGUUGAUCGUGAUUACGACAGAAGGUUGGAUUAUUGCAACUGGUUACUACAUUUGGUAUAUGACGACCUUCAAUUACUGUCACGUAUUUUGUGGUCAGACGAAGCUACAUUUAGUAGUGAUGGUACGGUUAACAAGCAUAAUAUGCACUAUUGGUCACAGAAUAAUCCACGCUGGAUGGAAGAAGUUCAGUAUUAGGGACGAUGGUCGGUGAAUGUAUGGUGUGGUAUUGUAGAUGGUCAGAUAAUUGGACCUUUUAUUUUUGACAACGCAAUUAACGGGGAACGCUACCUAAAUUUUAUAAGGGAUGAAUUACCACUUCUUCUAGAAGAUAUAUUACUAGCAACUCGUAGGUCUAUGUUGUUUCAGCACGAAGGGUAUCCGGCGCAUUUCUCCAGACAAGUUAGAGAAUUUUUAGAUAAUGCUUACACUGAUAGGUGGAUAGGACGUGGAGGCCUAUUUUUUUGGCCAGCCAGGUCACCAAACUUAACCGUCUUAGAUUUCUAUCUCUGGGGCCGGACUAAAGACCUUGUUUGUGCAAUUAGACCCACUACUAGAGAUAACGUGAUCGAGAGAAUACGAAACGCCAUUCAGAGUACCUAUUUCGAGAGCAGACAUUGAGACUGCUGUUCAAUCUACUCUUCAAAGAAUAAACGCUUGUAUCGAAAAUGAUGGGCGACAAUUUGAACAUUUAAGUCGUGACUAGCGAGGUACCUCAAGUUAUAUUUCCAUUUUAACUUCCAUAACGCAGUUUCCCGGUGACGGCAUAAGAAAUAUUGACAUAAUAAUUGGAACUAUUAUUAAUAGAACAAGAAAAGACAAUUUUGAGGACUCAAAAAAUGUUAAAAUCCGUUCAGUCAACCCGGAGUAAUUUAUAUUUAAAGGAAAAUGCUUAAAAUUUACACAUUUCUUAAGAUAUCAACAUGCGGUUUUCGCUAUUCUGUUGAUAAUUUGGUCUACUUUUAUAUUCCUUAAUUAAAACUGAAUGUUUCCAUUUAACAUUUUUCAAGAAUAGCUAAAUUUAAAAAAAAAAAUGAAUGGCGCCCUCUAGUGUAUACGUUACUUAUUAGGUUAAGUAGAACUGGACUUACAGGCGUUUUUUCAUAAUAAAGUUCCCGCUUCCCCCCACCUCUUAUUUGAAGAGAUAGACUAAAACUUAUAAAAUCAAAUAUACGCUGAAUUUCUUGCAGAAUGCGAUAAUCAUACUUUAAAUGCAUCUUAAUUAGGCAAAAUUUGUAAAUUAUUCAUUCAAUUACGCCCUCUGGCUGUGGACCUACAACUCUUUAAAUAAUUUCCAGGUUUUUCGAGGUCACUUUUGUAAUAAAUUUUUUUUCCCGAAGCUGUACUAUAAACGGUUCCCGAGCUAUGGCCGAGAACCAUUCUUAUUGGUACACCCGGUACUUUAUCUGCACCAUCCAUUAAAACUCCGCUUUUACCCAAAACUUGAUGAAAUAUCCAUCCUGGACCUGCGUUAGAAUUACACAAGUCUUUGUUCUGUUCUACUUAUCAUUCUGUGUUAGAUUAAGAGAUUCCUCAUUGGUGUUCUACGCCUAGUCUCAUGCGAACGUAGUUCCUCCGUUUUUUUCAUUUUCAGCUUUUGUAUGACGCGUUAGGAACUGCAGAUCAGUCAAACCAUAUCGUUUAUCCGAAUUGUUACCUCUCUCGAUAAUCAGGCAUCACGAUUCACUGCUUUAGUUUUUCCGCGAGAAUCGACCAGUCCAUUUUGGUUUCUCUGUAGCUCGCACUGUUAUUCUCUAUACAAACAUGAGUGUAUAUGAAGUUAAUUUAUUAUAGCGUCCUAUAAAAUUAUAUUUAAACAUAGAGAGAUCGAUAUAUAGGAGCUUGUUCACGUGGGCCCGAAUUGCUGACAGAAAGAGAAAGAUAAUGUGUCUACCAUUCUCUUUCUCUGUCUCUAUUCUGAUUGAAUCGUCAUGACGUCGAAAAUUCGAGAUCUGGGACCGGCAAAGAAAGAGAAUAAUAAGUUUUGAUUAUAAUAGCGAAUAGAGAAAGAUAGAUAUUGAUGAUAUCCAAUCCAUUUUGUCUCUUUGGUCCGUCUCCGCCAACUGUGCUAAAUAUUCUUAUUGAACAAAAUAUCAACUGUUACCACUACACCAACCAUCAUAAUAACAAUGUCUGAUCAUUUUCAUAGACCGAAGGUAAACGUUGCACGAAAAAUAUCGAGUACUAAAAUAGUUUUGUCUCAUACUUACAAUUUGAUCACUUUAAGAUCCUUCUUGUGAAUUAACGUAUGUAUGAAACUAUUAUUAAAUAAGAGAAUACUAUUUUUUAGCACCCAUUGUUCAGUAUCCAAUGACGUUCAAUCAGCUGAAAAUGGAAGGAUUCAUUGUUCACAGAUGGUUGGAUAGAUGGUUGGAAGGAAUUGAGCAAAAUAAAAAUUGGAUUCAGGAGGGAAAGUUGAAAUACCCAGAAACGGUGACUAAUGGCUUUGAAAAUAUGUACGAAGCUUUUACGGAUAUGUUGCGAGGUGGUAAUAUUGGGAAAGCUAUAGUUAAAGUUUAAUUAUGGAAAAUAUAAUGUUUGUUCAAAAAUUUUCUUCAAAAUUAAAAGAUAUGUGAAUCGUGUACGAUUGCAAACAAAAUUUGAUUAUUACUUGUGUUUUGAAUCAACAUACUGUCAGUAUUGAUAUAUAUUUUUAUAAUAAAUAUGUUUAUAUUGUAA